AAUGAUAUGCAUAAUCUAAUGAGUUCAUUAUCAUCAAAUGAUGGUGGUUCUAGCUAUAUAAAGAAUGCUAUUAUGAAUGAAUUCUCCAAUCUUAGUCCAGCUGAUUUUGGUUCAUUCUCCGAUAUGUCACCAUCAAUGAAUAAUGGUGUUGGUGAUAAUAACGGUGUUGGUAAUAGUAUGAAUCCAAUAAACGGUAUAGCUGGAUUUCAACCAGCACCGGAAGGAGGACAGUUACCGGCACCACCAGGUUAUAAACAUGUUGGCUAUAUAACAAUACCGGCUGGCGCUGCAAAUCUACCAAAUAUGAUAUCACGACCACCGAAUGGCCUACCAAUCAUACGUCCUAUAUCACAAUCACAAUCAUCAUCGAAUGGCGGUAACCAAAAAGAUAAGAAUAAAGAUGGCAAAAAAAUUCAGGAUCAAAAAAUGUCCGAAUCAAAACCAGUACGAAGUUUAUUGAGUAAAUUAAAUCCAUUGAAUAUGUUACGGCGAUUACGACAACGACGUGAACGACGACAAACAACUGAUGCCAGUAGUACAAAUGAUUAUAUGCCAUCAUAUCAAUCGGCAAAAUACGGACAUGGAAAUUAUCAUACUAUGGCAAGUAAUUCUUAUCCAUCAAUGUCAUAUCCAACCGGAUAUAGUAGCCUAUCCGGUUUAGGCGGAAUGUCCGGUCUUGGUGGAAUGUAUGCAGCAAUGAGUAGUAUGUCAUCACCAUUAUAUAUGCCAUAUGGUUAUACUGGUGGUUAUGGUACAAGUGCAUAUGGUGGUUAUAGUGCUUCUCCUUAUAUUCGUAAUCCAGCAGCAGAUAUGAAUUAUGCAGCAACUGCUCAAUCAGCAAUGGCAUUACCAAUGAUGAUGCCUAUGGCCGGUUAUGGUGCCGCAUAUCCACCAUUAGGUUUAGCUGCUUAUGGUGCAUACGGUGCUUAUCCGGGUGGUCAACAUCCAGGUAUGGUUCAACAAUCAGCCGCUUCAUCAUCAUCAGGUUCAUCAUCUGGCUCGUCAUCUGGAUCAUCAUCUGGUUCAUCAACAAAUGAUCAGGUUAGUUCAGCAUUGGCUGGACAAACAUUGCCUGGUGGUAUCAAUCUAUCUGAUCUACUCAAAGAUGAAGAAGAGGAAGAACCAUCAAAAUUCAAAAAAUUUAUUAGUUAUCUAAAUCCAGUGAAUGUAUUUAAACGUUUCCGUAAUAAUACAUCAGGUGAUGAACGUAAACGAAUGGGACUACAUCGUAAAAGACGUCAAAUUGAUCUCUAUGAAUUGAUCGAUCAUGAUACGAUCAGAAAAUAUCGUCUACAUAAACGUGAUGCAAAUAUCAAUAAUAAUGAUGAUGAUGAUAUCGGUAAUCUUGAUGAUCAAAGAGAUAAUUUAACAAUCGAUGAUUUUGAUCAUAACAACAACAACGUAACAUCAAUUACUAAUAAUGAUAAAAAUAAUACUGAUGGUGAUAAUGAUCAACCGGAAACAGAAUUCCUAACACAUUUGGAUACAAUACCAAAAGUAUCACAUGAUUCAUGGCGUCAAAUAAAAUCAUCACAAUCAUCGAUGAAACGAUCAAAAAUGCCAUCAAUGGGUAGUCGAAAUUUUGAAUUAAUUCGUGGUGGUACAUAUCGUGGUAAUAGUAAUAUCGGUGGCAGUAGUAGCAGUAGUAUUGAUAAAUUGAUGGGAUUUCAAGGUUUUAAUCAUCAUAAUCAUCUAUCAUUUCAUCAUCCAUUUUUAGCUAAAUCUGAAAAAUCGGCUAAACAUUUAACAGAUAAUAAUAAUAAUAAUGUCAAUUUUACACAUUUAUAA